AUGAUGUCAUAGCCGUUGAAUUCAUCUGAUUCACACUUUCACUCGUUGCUUUCUUAUAGAAAUUGAAUUCAACUCCCCAUCUUAAGGCUCUUUGGCCCUACAUAGUCUUUGCCUCGGCUUUCACCGACCCUUUCGAGGCGAGCCAGCCUUGCCUUUGCAUUCUCUUCCACCAUUCUCCCUCAAAACUCCCUCCAACAUUCUUUUCCUUGGUUUUUUCAUCUAUCCCUCCUAUAAAAAUCGAUUAUUUUGUUCUUUUACCUCUUAAAAAUCCAUUCUUGGAAUUCAUUUAUCCAUAUACACCAUACUUGUGCAUGUCCCUUUUGGUUGUUUUGCUUUUGUGAUAAGUAAUUGUUGGUUUAUUGGUUUUUCAUGAUGGCUCCGGAUCUAAGAAGAAAUGGGUCGGUAGUAGCUUUAGCCCUGUUAGUCUCUCUGGUUGUUAAUGGUGUUAUUUUUUAUGUAGAAGGUAACAAUAAUGUGGUUUUUGAGGUGGAACAUAAAUUUAAAGGGAGAAGGAAUGAGAAUGGAGGAAGAGGGUCUUUUUUGACUUCACUCAAGGCUCAUGAUUCCCACCGCCAUGGCAGAAUGCUUGCAGCCCUUGACAUGCCUUUGGGUGGCAAUGGUUCCCCUACAGAUGCAGCGCUCUAUUUCACUAAGCUUUCGAUUGGGACUCCUCCUCAGGAUUAUUAUGUGCAAGUGGAUACAGGAAGUGACAUUCUCUGGGUAAACUGUGCUGGCUGUGUCAGAUGCCCCAAGAAAAGCAGUCUUGGUAUUGACUUGACUCUAUAUGACAUGAAAGCCUCCAGCACUGGGAGACUUGUUAGUUGUGAUCAAGACUUUUGCUUGUCUGCAUUCAAUGCCCCAGCCUCUGAUUGCAAGGUUGGUAACCCCUGUGCAUAUUCUGUUACUUAUGGAGACGGGAGCUCAACCGGCGGAUAUUUUGUCAGAGACUAUGCAAAACUUAAUCAACUGUCGGGAAAUCUUCAAACCAUACCCAUGAAUGGUAGUAUAGUGUUUGGGUGUUCAUCUCAACAAUCUGGAGAGCUAGGGUCAUCUACUGAAGCAGUUGAUGGCAUAAUUGGUUUUGGACAAGCAAAUUCAUCUAUUAUUUCACAGCUUGCUUCAGCAGGAAAGGUUAAAAAAAUAUUUUCACAUUGCUUGGAUGGUAUCAAUGGAGGAGGCAUAUUUGCUAUUGGACAAGUAGUGCAGCCAAAACUAAAGACAACACCAUUGGUCCCAAAUGAGGCACAUUAUAAUGUUGUUCUGAACGCAAUUGAGGUGGGUGGUGACGUUCUAAACCUUCCCUCAGAUGUAUUAGGAGGUGGAUCUGGAAGUGGUACAAUAAUAGACAGUGGUACAACCUUGGCUUAUCUUCCUGAUGAUGUCUAUACUCCACUUAUGGAAAAGAUUACGGCAUCCCAAUCCAACUUGAAAAUCCAUAUUGUUGAAAAUCAGUUCAAGUGCUUUGUCUAUAGUGGAAAUGUUGAUGAUGGAUUUCCAGUUGUUACUUUCCACUUUGAGGAUUCACUUUCUUUGACAGUUUAUCCCCAUGAAUAUCUCUUUGAUCUUCAUGAUGAUCAAUGGUGUAUUGGUUGGCAGAAUAAGGGUAUGCAGACAAGAGAUGGAAGGGAAGUAACUCUUUUGGGAGAUCUUGUACUCGCAAACAAGCUUGUUUCGUAUGAUCUUGAAAAUCAAACCAUUGGAUGGGCUGAAUAUAAUUGCUCUUCGAGCAUCAAAUUGAGAGACGAGAAGUCAGGAAACGUGUAUGCUGUGGGUUCUCAUAUCAUUUCUUCAGCUCGCGGCCUGAAUGCUGGAAAAGCUCUAAGGUUCCUAUUGUUAAUCAUCACAUCAUUGUUGUAUGCACUUUUGAUCCCAUGAACAUUUAAAAUCAUACAAGCUGAGAAGGAGGCAUUAUGAUAGUGUACCAUGGUACUCAUAGUGAUCAGGCAUCUUGCUGAUUCUUUGGACCAUUAUAAUUUCUCAUGUGUUUAAAGUGAAAGUCAGUUCGUCGAGACAUCUUGUGACUCCAUAAUCUUCUUGAUCAAGCUGAACUCUACUCACAAAACCAUAGCUAAUUCUUUUGAUCUCAAAAGAGAAAUAGGCUCUGCAAAAGGAUUUCGGAGGUUGAUGUUGAACAUUAUUCUUAUUUGGAUGUUAUUGAUACCCCAGAUGAUUAAGGAAAGCCUAUAGGAAACAGAUGGUGGAAAGGAGUAUACAUUCUUUCUGACUCUUUGGAACUUCCUAGUGUAUACACAUAUUUCACAUGGAAUGUAUCUUAUAAUUCAUCUGUUCUUUCUGUUUA